GGAGCCCCGGCGGGGCGGAGCGGGAAGGGGGCCGCUCGCUCGCUCUCUCCCGCCACGGGAGCCGCAGAACCACCUUGGCUGCCUCCAUCCCGCUGGCUGACGCGGGCGGGAGCCAAUCAGGGCGCGAGGCCCGGGCUGCCUUGUGACAGACGAGGCGGCCCUAGCCAGCGCCGCGCAGCCCGGGCUGGGGAGCGGGGCGUCCGGGCGCAGCCGCUGCGAGUAACGCCAGGGAAGGCUCACAGCGGUUGCUCCGCAGCGGGACUCGCACACAGACGCGCAUCCUCUUCCUGAGCAGCCGCGCCCCCUCCGGCAGCAGCAGAGCGAGGGGGCUCGGAGCGAGACAAAGCAAAGAUGGCAGGGGUCCUAGCCUGGUUCUGGAACGAGCGGUUCUGGCUGCCGCACAAUGUCACCUGGGCGGAUCUGAAGAACACGGAGGAAGCCUCCUUCCCCCAGGCUGAGGAUCUGUACCUCGCCUUCCCCCUGGCCUUCUGCAUCUUCAUGAUCCGCCUGGUCUUCGAAAGGUUUAUAGCUAAACCCUGUGCCUUAGGUCUUAAAGUCCAGGCCAAUGGACCACAGAAAGCCCAACCUAAUGCUAUUCUGGAAAAAGUUUUCACUGCAAUUACAAAGCAUCCAGAUGAGAAGAGACUGGAAGGCCUCUCCAAGCAGCUGGACUGGGAUGUACGCAGUAUUCAGCGUUGGUUUCGACAAAGACGCAACCAGGAAAAGCCCAGCACUCUUACAAAGUUCUGUGAGAGCAUGUGGAGAUUUACAUUUUAUCUUUAUAUAUUUACCUAUGGAGUCCGGUUCCUGAAAAAGACUCCCUGGCUCUGGAACACAAGGCAGUGCUGGAAUGGAUACCCAUAUCAGCCGCUGAUGCCUGACCUUCAUUAUUACUACAUAGUUGAGUUGUCAUUCUAUUGGUCCUUAAUGUUUUCUCAGUUCACGGACAUCAAAAGAAAGGAUUUCAGCAUUAUGUUUACGCAUCACAUUGUAACAGUCAUUUUGAUAUCCUUUUCAUAUGUAACCAAUUUGACACGAGUGGGAGCCCUGACCUUGUGUCUUCAUGAUUCAGCUGACAUUUUGCUGGAGGCUGCCAAAAUGGCAAACUAUUGCAAGUGUCAAAAACUGAGUGACCUCCUGUUCCUUAUGUUUGCCGUUGUCUUCAUCGUCAGUAGGCUUGGCAUAUAUCCUUUGUGGAUAUUAAACACAAUGCUGUUUGAAUUGUAUGAAGCUUUGGGCAGUUUUCCUGCCCUGUGGUUCUUUAACAUGUUGCUCAUAGUACUUCAAGUCCUGCACUGUUUUUGGUCUUAUCUAAUCAUAAAAGCAGCUUAUAAAGCUAUCUCCAGAGGCAAGGCUGGAAAGUGGAACCCUUUGCAUGUAGCAAAGGAUGACCGAAGUGAUGUUGAAUCCAGUUCGGAUGAGGAUGAUUCAGUAUCUCGUUCAAAUAAUCCACACAACUCUACCACCACGAAUGGGACCAGUGGUGCCAACGGGACAAAUGGAUAUCUUACUGGUAGCACUUGUUCAGAGGACCAUUAAUCCUUGAGCUAACUCAUGAAACAUGAACAAAGUGAACUCUUUACUACUAGAAGUAAAUAAUAAGUUGUGAAUGCGGUUUCUUCAUAAUCUCAGCAUCAGAAAAAAAAUUAGGAGUAUCAAAGCAUACUGAUAGUGCACUGCCAUAUUUCCUGUUUGUGAAUGAAGAGACACACCAUUCUGUAUAUGUAGGCAUGCUGUACAUGUAUGUAAUUGACACAAUGGGAGCAGUAUUUUUAUUUGUACUGUCUUAGAAUAUUAUUUAUUUUGAAUAUGUUUGGGGACUUACGGACAAAAGGGAAUGUCCUUACUCUUUUGCUUUUUAGAUUCUCAGUAGUGGAGACCGACAUGCUAAGAUCUCUUCGGUCCAUUCCUGUUGCUGUUGUCCAGUCUUCUAUAAGUAGUAGUCUGCUUGAUUUGUCACUUACAGUAAGCGAUAACAUGGCUUUACAGAUUCUAGCUCCGCUCCAGAUAGUUUUGCUAUCUUUGUGUUUUAAAGUGCUAGUUUUGAAAUCACCUCUAAAAUCACAGUGGCCAUUUCCCCAAUGUAAAGUUUGAAAACGAUGGAUUAAUAUUUUAAAUGGUGUCUAAUGUGGUCAAUUAGCAAUUCAGACAAAUCUGUGGUCAUUGUAGGGUAUUACUUUAGCAUUGUUUUAAACUCAAUUGGUGGUGAAUUACAUUAGAAUAGACUUGAUUACUUGUUCAAAUACACAAGAUACCUUUAUGUCAACAGCAAUGAUAAACUUGGUACUUGCGGUUUAGUUCUGCUUUGCAAGUUUUAGCUCUACAGACUUCAGUUUCUUGCAUAGAUUUCAUGCUAAGAGAUGAUCCAUUGUUAGAAGAGAGAUAUUUGCUGAGGUGCACUGUUGUGAAUCUAGAAUUCAUUCUUAAAUUUGAGGAUUUGUUCCUUUGAGCUGGAAAGGAUGCUAGCAGUGGCACAAUGACAAAACAGCAGCUGAACAUUCAUUGCUUCAACAGACAGGAUUCAGUGGAGAUCUUAUUCUUAUAAUUCCAGAUUUUUUUGUCAUACAGAAGUGGGGAGACUGCAGAAUGUUUUGCACUACCAGACCCAGAGAAGUUUAUUCAUAGCAAACUUUUAGGGCACAUCAGUAUUUUUUAUUGAACCUAGAAAUAAAUCUGGGAAUGGCUGUAAAAUAAUCUUGCUCUACUAUUCAAUCUGAGAUUUAUGCAUAGGAGCAAACUGUGCUCCCAAAGGAGUCAGUGUGAGUAGAAAUAGACUAUUCCUUUUUUGAUAUGAUCAUCAAUUUCUAGAAAAUCCUUGGGUAAAGUAUUGCGAAGAGGACCUCUUUCAUCUUCUGUGCUAUCAACGGCAGUGCCAGCAGUAGGAGUGUUUCUGGGGAACAGUCUCUAUGCAUCCUGCUUUUCAACAGUG